GUUCCGAUUGCUGGGUUUUUCCAACAGUCCAAAGUUUACAAAACGAGACAUAAUUUGUUUGUUUCUCGCGGUUUAAGACAGCAUUGUAUUAUUUUCAUAAAUAUUUGUAUUUCAUAAAACGUAUAAAUCGUUUCAUCUACCAAACCGUUCAUGAAAGAUGUGACAGCGCCGUAAAUAGAAUGAGCCUACUGUAUAGGCUGUAAGAAGGAACAGGGAAAGAAACAAACAGUCUAAAACACUGUAAAACUAAAAGAGACAAACACCAUGGGCUUACUGGAAACGAUUCGCGGGGAAUAAAUUGCAUAGAUAACAAGAUGGCUGAUUCAUUUGAUGGCGGACUACAGUUAAGUGAUGAAGAAAGACGUAUUAUUAACAUUCUAAAAGAAGUAGGUGACGAGCUUGAUAAUGAUCCACGAAUAAAAAGCAUAAUAAGAGAGGUGGCAACUGGGUCAGUUGCAUCGUUGCCAUACAAUGUGUUUACACAAUUGAUCAGAGAAUUUGUUGCACUUGUAGUUAGUAGUACAAAAGUUUCUGCAGAAAUGUUGGAGAAAAUUGUAAGGAUUUUCAUAAAGAUGUGGCGGGGUCCAGAAUUAAGUAGUAAAGUCUUACAAGAAAUGUAUCCAGGAACAUCAGUUGACGAUCCUGACACCGUUGAUGGAGUAUACAUUCCACAAGAGGUAACGCUGAUGGAUGAUGAAUUCAUUGAAAAGUACAAGCAUGUUUUAAAGUUUGGUCGGCAAAAGGUGAGAAGUAUAAGGUUAAUGGUAGUUGGGAUGUUUGGUGUUGGUAAAACGUCCCUUGUUGAAAAUCUUGUGCACAGAGAGGACAGCACUGAAAAAAAGCCGCCGAAAAGUACAGUAGGAAUAGAUGUUACACAUUGCAAUAUAAGAGAUGGAGAAUGGAUUGAAAACAUCUUUGAUGAUAAUACAUGUGAUAAGCUUUUGGAAGUAAUGCAGAACCCUAGUUCUAGUUCAUCUGAUGCUCCUGUUGACGAUGUUGAUGCUGGUUAUGAAAGAUAUCCCAACGAAGAUGUACCCUUGCCAGAUGAAGAUGCCAAUAAUGAAGAAAUCUUAUAUAAAAGAACAGCUAAAGUGCAAGAAGAAGACAAAAGUACGGAUACUGAGUCACCAUCAACUGAAGAGAUUAAUACAGAUACUGAAGAACUAAAAAUGAAAUUAACUAAGGCUAAGGAUGAUGACCCUGGGCUGCAUGCAUUUGCAACUGAUUUAUUUAAAUCAAAUUUUAAGCCUUACAACCCCAUUGAUUCAACAAUAUCCAUAUGGGACUUUGCAGGUCAAUAUAUUUACUACUCAACUCAUCAUUUCUUCCUGAAUUCAAGAUCUAUUUACCUCCUAAUGAUGGAUAUAAGUACACCUCUAAAUGAUGUGGUAAAGGAAACCUCAGAUUUCCCAUUGUCGGGCUUCAUUCCAAAAGAUUUUACUUGUCUAGAGGCUUUCAAGUUUUGGUUAAACUCCAUUCAUAUGUACAGCACUCAGUUUGAAGCAGAAAUUAAACCAUCGGUGAUUUUAGUUGGAACAAAGAAAGACAAACUGAAUGGAACAGAGGAGGAGAAAGAAGUACAGAAAGAAGAGUACUUUAAUGAAGCGUUAAAGUCAUUAAUUGAUUCCCCUGCACUCAAGCAUGUUCAUCCGAAAAAAUUCCUAAUUAAUAAUCUUGAUACGCAUGAAGAUUUUCGAAAAAUACGAGAAGAAGUGGUGAUGCUGGCACAGAAACAGAGGUAUUGGGGAGAAUGGAGACCAGCAAGGUGGAUUACACUAGAGAGAUCAUUUCUAGGACUUAAGUCAGAAGGCAAAGAAAUCAUCACCUUCGAUGAGGUGAAGCAUGUUGAUAAAGAAAAAAGUGAAAUUCCAAUUCAAGAUGAGACAGAGCUAAGAUUUUUUCUUAAGUUUCAGCAUCAAUUGGGCAACAUUUUGUAUUACGAAACAGAUAUGCUAAAGAAUUAUGUAAUUUUGUCUCCGCAGUGGAUAAUUGAUGCUUUCAGGUGUUUCAUAACGCAUGUGAAGGAUAAAGAUCCAAGACACGUGAAGGUAAAGGAUAUUGAUCCAAGACAGUUGAAAGAUUGGGACAAUUAUGACAAAAAAGCUAUUUUAACACAAGAAUUGAUAAAUGAAAUAAUGGAUCAUACUGAGGAAAACAAGUACUUUCGGGAUUACAAAAACCAAGUGAUUGAGUACAUGGAACAUUUAGACAUGAUUGCCAAACCCAUUGAUGCAACCAUAUAUCAAGGUCAGGAGAACAAGCCAGGAAAUAAAGUUGGUUGGGAAAUGGAGAUGCCUGUGGACAUACAAACAUCUAUAUCUGAUAAGAAAGUUGCUGCACCUGUCAAUUUCUAUAUUGUUCCAUCCUUGUUGAAAUUGAGGCCAGAGCAUACUGAGAUAUCCAACUUGGUCAGUCCAACAGAUUGUAAGGAAAAAACUCCGAUUUUGUGUUUUCAUUUCACGAAUAACUUCAUGCCACCAUCUGUUUUUCACAGACUGCUUGCAGUGUGUAUUAGGCAAUGGACUAUAGUAUCAAAAUCGAAUUGUGCACUAUUAUUUAAUGGGUUUGCAGUCUUUCGUGUGUCACGUGCAGAAGUACUUAGCAUCUGGUUUCACGAUAACAUUAUAUAUGCAAGAGUUUCCUUUUAUUCAAAGGCAGAUAAGUCAAUUCCACAAAGAAUUAGAAAAUUUCUAAGUCAGCAUCUAACUGAGAUCCUUAGAAUUCUCCCGAAAGAAAGUAGGAUCAGCGAAGUUCUGCCUUUUGAAGAAUACAUUCAAUGCUUGUGUGUUCAGGAAUUUGAAGCCAAUACAUGCUUAUUAAGAAUGAGAGAAUUCUUUACCCAUGAUGAAGUAUUUUGUGAAUAUAAUUUACAUACAGCAAAGAAAGAUGAAGUUAUUGGCAUGUGGUGUUUCACUUCUAUUCAAAACCAGCAAAAUACAGAAAUAUCAAAUGCAGCAUUAGACAGGCAACCAACAGCAAAAGAAUUGGCAAGAGUGUCACGGACGAUUGGUAAUAAAUAUUUUCAGCUGUGGAAAGAAUUAGGUUUGGAACGAGCUGUAUUAGAUCAGAUUGAAGAUGAUGACAGAUUUCACCUUCCGACACGAAUAUAUCAUAUGCUUUGUAAAUGGCAAAGCCGGUCUUGUGGUCCAGUUAGACAGUUACGAAAUGCCAUACUUGCUGUAGACUGUGAUAUUUGUCAGUUUGACAACGUUUUUGUUGCUGAUCAAUUUGAAAGUGCAUGCAUUGAUCAGAAAAAACUUGAUGAAGUUCAUUUUAAAAGAAAACCAAGCGAUGAAGAAAUUGCUUUGAUCGCAAGUGGAAUUGGGCAUGAGUAUUGGUUACUUGCAGUUGAGCUUGGAUUAGAUGAGGUACAAUUGCAACAAUGUAGAGAAGACUAUCCUUACUUGGCAACAAGAGCUAAGUGUAUCCUAGAUGUAUGGAAUCAGGGUAAUAGCGACAUUGAAUAUCUGGGAAAAGCAAUGUUUCUGGCCGAUUCAAAUAUGGAGGCUUUCUAUAAAGUUUUCUCAAAGUACUGCAAGAACUAAUACUUUGUGAAAAGCAUUUGCAUGUCUAAGUAAUGAUGGAUCAGUUACAAUUUACGGACAAUAUUUUUAACUGUGAUCAGAACUCAAGUGAAUAAAAACAGCAGAAAAUUCAUUAAACAAGUGUCAAUCUGUAAGAAAGUGCCUUUUCUCCAUCACCAAAGUGCUCUGAAUCAAAGUGCUCUGAAUGGUUUAUAUCUUUUUAUGCAUGUGCUGAUUAUAUAUUAAAAAAAUCUAUGAAGAGACACUUUUUUUAACAUAUUUAAGUUUAAGUGUCUAAAAAGCAUUGUUUAACAGCAUUCUGCUGAUUUGUGUCAUAAUUUAAAUGACAUUCUGCUUUAUAGAUUAAUUAUACUGUUAAAUUUUAAUUGUCUGUUGGCGACAAAAUAUGCCUAAAUCUGUUGAAAAAAGCCAGAAUCUGUGAAAAAAUAUGUGUCUAUUGCAGAGUAAGAUCUGUUGGUUCAUACAUGGUUCAUGGUCUACACUGUUUGCUUUUUAGUUUAGUAUUUAUUUUGAAAAUAUUCCAAGAAAUGGUUAUGCCUUUUUGUGUAGAUUUCAAAAAGAACAGGUCCAUUAAGAUAUCAAGUGCUGGAAGUUAAAAAAAUGGAGAGAAAAAACUGAGAGGCAGACACCUUAACCACUAGGCCACUGCUCCCCUUAAUGACUAAUAACGUAACCUAAUAACUGAUUUACAAACAUUCAAUUAUUAAGUAGCAUAGCCUAUCAUUUGUCAUUAAUGAUUGAUAUUAAGUGAUCUGAAAACAUUUUUAAAAAAGCACAUAAAAUUGGGUUUGUAUUAUAUUGCAAAGUUGGUUCUAGACCACUAAAAAGAAAUAACAUUAUUUGAUGACAUAAUUUUCUUAGCGUUCUAGACUUCUCAAAAUAUAACAUUAUUUCUGGAUGACAUAAUUUUAUUAGCUUAAUACGAUUAUGGAUAGAAUUGCAGAAUCCAUUUUUGUAUAGGAAAAUCAAGGAAGUUAAAAAAAUAUGCAUAGGUACAUGUUAUAUCAAAGGGGAAUAAUGAGAUAUUAAGUAUUUACCGUUUAGCUCGUAAGCCAUCAAGCUUUCAUCACUUGAUAAUAGAUCUAUUGUUGACAGGUUUUAUAUUGAUAUGUUUUUUCCUUUUUUUACUUUUGAUAAACUAUUUAUACUGAUAGAUUAUUUUAAGUUCCUAAUAAUCACUUAAAGCUGCACACCUCCAUAUUCAUGUUCAUUUUCAUGAAAAUUUUAGAAAUAUUUUUGAAAGUAAACUAUUGUAAAGAGAACAAAAAUAGUUGUUUACAUAUUGCAAUCGGCACUUACAAUCCAAGAAUAAUUCCUUUUAAUGAAAUAGAAAUAUGGCAAUAAAAUACUGCAAUAU